UAUUAUUAAUAUUAAAAGAAGAUGAGAAAACAAUUACCUCCGAUGCUUAUAAUUUCAGACGUUCUGGAUAAAAUAAAGGCAGGAUUGCAAUACGCAAGUAACUAUUUGGAAACGGCCAAGGACAUUGCUGAUUUGGUGUCCAAGAGUCUAGGCCAUAAGCAGAAGCAAAAGCAGAAGCGUGGAGAAGAUGGAAACGACGAUACGAAACAACCAUUUGGUCCGUCAAAUCUCGUUUCCGCUUUCUUCCGACUCAUCGGAUUCGACUCGCAGAAAAUUGUAGCGGUCACAAUUAACAGCGUCGUAUUCCUUGCACAAAUGAUAAGUUCGCUCUUUGGAUUGAAAACACCGCAAGAUAAUAUCGCCAGAAGCAUGGAUGGCGAAAAACUGGCUUGGGAUCCUCUAAAAUUUACUUUGGAAAAUAGGAAUGAGAAGAUUCGUAAUUUAGUCAAUCAAGCGAGAGAUCCGAAUUUGCCGAAUCAGCUGAUAGCAGGAAUGAGUGGUGCCGAUUCUGCUUGCAUUAGAUUACUGUUGUGCAAAUCGUCUCCGGUCAUAAAAGCGGCACAAAACUCCCUCGGUAAUAAAUCGCGAGAUCAUAUGAGGUUGACUGCGUGGCUACCAUCUAAAGAGGAAUUUGAAACGAACAGCGACGAAUGCGAGGACAGACAUUCUGAUUGCAGUUUAUUUCCUUCGCGGUAAUAAUAACUGUUAUAAGAAAGCGAAAGAGCGAUGAAAAAUCGAUAAAAUAUUUUUGAGGAUAUAGAGAGAUGCAAAACAUUGUCUAAGAUAGAGAUAAAUAAUAAAUAUUUCCAGCAAUGCAUUGUAUUUUCCCAAAAACAUUUUUCUUUCUCUCUUUUAUACAUAUAUUAUAUAUAUAAUAUUUUUAUAUAUAUAUUAAACAUUUUGGAGGAAUUAGCAAUGUUUUUACAUAACAAGAAAUCAUCAUGAUUGAAAUCGUAACAAGUAAUAAUAAGUUUCUUAUGUACGCAGAAAUAUUUUGUAUAUUUACAUUAUUAUAUUGAAUAAAAAAUUAAAAGUGUGAAGUGAAGGAAAAUAACAUUGUCAUAACAAAAAAGUUAAACGUGUAGCGACAUUUUAUUUAAGUGCAUGGAAAAUUAUUUAUGCUAGCAAGGACGCGAUAUUAAUAUAAAGAAUCAGUACACUUUGGAAUCUAGAAUUUUAUUGCCAGUACUUUAAAUCAAUUUUAACGUUUUCACACUCUCUACAAAAAUAUAUAAAAUAUAUUAUCUAACUCGGCAUUAUAUAUAAUCUGGAUUAAUUUAAGGAAUAAUCAUUUAUUACUUCUCGUUACAUAAGGCUAUUACUUUUUAUUGAUAGAUUCUUGCUGGUGCGCGUGCAAUGGAAUUAUAUUCUAUAACAAAAACAGAUACAUGUAAUAAUCAUAUGCAUAAAUUAUGAAAGAAACGUCGACGUUGCAUUAUAUUAAUUGUAUAUUCCAUGUAGAUUGUCUAUUCAUUGCUGUAAUAUAAUUAUUUAAUAUAUUAAUGACUUCAGUAAUAUAUGGCACAAAAAUAAAUUAUAAAAAUCUAUUACGCUAUUUGUUAUACCCAUAUAACAUUUUGCAUUCGUAAUACUAUUUGAGAUGUGUAAAAGUUGUACUUGUAUAGGUAAUUACAUCUUUAGUUGAAUAAAACGAAACUCCCACCUUCUAAUUAAAGUCACAUGUAGAAAUCAUGUAGAAAAAAGCUAUCUUGUUUUAAAUUAAACUGCAUCUACAUUCCAAAGUG